AUGAAAUAUAUAUAGAUUCAGAUGAUGAGGAUAUUGAACGGGUUAACCAUGUAAAUCUAGUUCGUGUAAACCCAGCUCCAGUAAAUCAACCACCACCACCGCCUCCGCCUCCGGCAAAACAAAUCAACCGUCGACUCAAUAUUGCUCUCAGUAACCUCCUUACUCAGCACAAAACGCAUAAACGUUUCCGUCUUAGUAGUUGGCUGAUAAAAAUGAUCGAAGAUUCACAGUGUGGGUACUGCAACAGAAAAUUUCGUCGUGUUGAGGAUUUAGAAAGUCAUCUUCAACGUACUACGGUUCAUGAAGUUUAUGAAUGUUGUGGCAAGCUUUUCAGAAAUGAGAUAGAUUAUAACCAACAUAAAGGCACAAUCCAC